UGCGCAUGCGCGAAAAAGGGAGCCCUUAACGGCCCUAAUAAUACGUUGCGAUGCGAUGACGACGGCUGCGCCGUAUUUAUUGGUAUUUACGUUUCGGCAAUCGUCGUGAAUAGCCACGAGAGAAAGAUCGAGAACACUGUCUUUUCAGAACCGGUGAUUAUCAUCGAUAAUACAAUGGCGAGUUUGAAGGUGCGUGUGAAUUCACCGACGGUGCGCUACUCGGAGGAUUUCAUCGAAGCAGAGUACGAGUAUCGGACAACUAGCGUGGCCGAGGGCGAUGAGAACGAUGAUAAUACAUAUACGGUGUCACCCACAUUGACGAGAUUGCUGAUCAGGACCAUGAUGAAGGUUCCCAAGCUGGGAUUGAUGUUGGUGGGCUGGGGUGGUAACAACGGCAGCACCGUAACAGCAGCUUUAAUUGCGAAUAAGUUUAAAUUGAAGUGGGAGACAAAGGAGGGUGAGAAAACCGCAAAUUGGUAUGGUUCUUUAACGCAAGCGUCCACUGUGAGAUUAGGCAGAAAAAACAAAGGAGGGGAUAUUUAUGUUCCUAUCUCUAAUAUGCUGCCCAUGGUGAAUCCCGAUGAUAUCGAGAUUGAUGGCUGGGAUAUUUCAGAUGUAAAUCUUGUUGACGCUAUGACGCGCGCUAAAGUGUUGGAUGUAAAUUUACAAGUACAAUUACAACCCUACAUGACACACAUGCGGCCCAGAAAGAGCAUAUAUUACUCUGAUUUCAUUGCAUCGAACCAGAGCAAAAGAGCAAAUAAUAUCAUUAUGGGCACUAAGGCUGAACAGCUCAACAAAAUUCGUAAUGAUAUCGUGGAAUUCAAAACUACGAAGGAUUUGGACCAAGUAAUUGUCCUGUGGACUGCUAAUACCGAGAGAUUUUCAGAAAUCAUAACGGGCGUUAAUGACACGGCCGAUAAUCUUCUGAAGGCGAUCAAGGAAGAUCAUUCGGAGAUCAGUCCCAGCACCAUGUUUGCUGUGGCGGCGGCUUUAGAAAGAUGUACUUACAUCAAUGGAUCGCCGCAAAAUACUUUCGUGCCGGGCGUUCUUGAGCUAGUCGAAAGGCAGAAAACAUUUAUUGGUGGUGACGAUUUCAAAUCUGGCCAGACAAAACUGAAAUCCGUGCUCGUAGAUUUCCUCGUAUCGGCCGGCAUUAAACCGGUAUCGAUCGUUAGUUACAACCAUUUGGGAAAUAACGAUGGAUACAAUUUAUCCGCACCGCAGCAAUUUCAUUCAAAAGAGAUCUCCAAGAGCAAUGUUAUAGACGAUGUGGUGCAAUCCAACAAGAUUCUCUACAAACCUGGAGAAAAGCCGGAUCAUUGUAUCGUUAUCAAAUACGUUCCUUAUGUUGGUGACAGUAAGAGAGCUAUGGAUGAAUACAUUUCUGAAAUCAUGCUGGGUGGCCAUAACACUAUCGUGAUUCAUAACACGUGCGAGGAUUCGCUCUUGGCGGCACCUAUCAUUCUCGAUCUCGUCAUCUUGUCCGAGCUUUGUUCUCGCAUCACUUUCAAGAGAAUGGAUUCCGAUGACGACAAAGAAUUUUCCAGUUUUCACAGCGUGCUCUCCAUUCUGUCAUAUCUCUGUAAGGCUCCUCUAGUGCCACAAGGAACGCCGGUGGUGAAUGCUCUCUUCCGACAGCGGAACGCCAUUGAAAACAUUUUACGAGCCUGCUUGUCCUUACCACCAGAGAACAAUAUGUUGCUGGAACACAAGGUCACCUUCAAGAUUUAAAGAAGACACGGCAAAAAAGGAGAUCGAAAGAAUAUAACGAACCAAGCGGAUAUAAGGAAGAAAAAUGAUAUAAGAAAAAGUUUGGUUAUUAUAAAGUUUUUUUUUAAGUUCAGUUUCCUUUAGUCACAUUCAAUAGUACUAUUUCAAAAUUAAUUUCAAAGUUAUACAAUUUUGGAAUCUUGGAAUGGCAAGGACUUUGUUUAUUAUAGAAAAAAAGAAUAGUCGAUAGUAUUUUUAUAGUUAAAUUUCUUUUGGUCACAUCCAGUAGUACUAAUUUAAAACUAAAUUUUCAAGAUUAUUAUUUUAGAAUGGCAAGGAAAUGACGUAAUUUUGAAGGUUGAUUUUUUUGAUAAAAAAAUUAGUUUCUAUAUAAAAAUUGUUUAAUAUAUAUGUAAUAUAUUAAAAAUAUAUUACUUGUUAACUAAGAUUAUUAAUAUUAAAACAAACUUUUUUUUUUGUUUUUUUUUUCAUCUUUGAGCAAUUUCAUACACACUAUAUCAGGCAAUAACAUUAUUAGUUGAUUACUAUAUCAUAAUCAUUGUAGAAUAAUUAUUUUUUAUUCAAUGUUAUUAAUACAUAGCAGGACAAAAUAAAGAUCCCGUGUUACUUAUUUCUAAAAUCGCUAUACUUAAUAAUUUUUCUCGUGUUAUUAUUUCAUCAUUAUACCUUUGUAAAUACAUGUGUAUUUAACACAAUAUCUUCUAUUUUCCACAAAUUUUUUAUUCUACUUAUAGUUAAUAAUUAGACAGCUGUAAAUAAUAGGAUAGCAGUGCAAAAGAAAACUUGGGAAAUAAUAAUUUUAUUGUAGAAGUGAAUAAUACCGGAUCAAAAUUGUAAAAUUAUUAUUAGUGCCAAAUUGUCAACUACUAAUUAAAAUUACUACAAUAUUAUAACAUUUUUUUUUUGAAUUGAUUUAUCUACGGAUUGUUAUAUAUCAGUAUACCAAUAAUCUGAUCGAUUAUAUUCUAAAUUUGUAUAAUUUUUGUUAAAAAAAAUAUUUUUUGAAUAAAUAUAUAUUUAUAUUAAUAAAUGUAAAUUAUUUAUA